CUCAAGAGAAAUAAUGGAGUUCAUCUGCGGUUUCCUUGUUUGGGCAAGUUUGUUCUUAUCUUUGGCUGUGAUUGUAUGCCGGAGAGGGAAAAUUUUGGGACAAGGAACCAAGAAUUUGCCUCCAGGGCCUCCAGGUUGGCCAAUCUUGGGCAAUAUUUUUGAUCUAGGAAUUGCACCACACCAAGCUUUAGAGGAGCUUAAGUUUAAGUAUGGACCUGUUCUCUGGCUCAGACUAGGAUCCAUGGAUACAGUUGUGAUACAAUCAGCUAAGACUGCGGCUGAGCUGCUUAAGAAUCACGAUACCAGCUUCUGUGACCGUAAGUCUCUUGAAGUAUUUAACUGUCUUAACUACAGAGAUGGGUCACUUGCUGUUGGCCAGUUUAGCCCCUACUGGCGUAUGAUUAGGCGUCUUUGCUCGGUGGAAAUGAUGACCGUCAAGCGAGUCAAUGAUACAGCUUCCAUUCGGCGGAAGUGCAUCCUCCAGAUGAUUAGGAGUAUUGAAGAUGAUACAGCAGCUGCAACUGCAAGGGGAGAGUCAGGGGUAGUGAAUUUACCUCACUAUCUCUUCCUAAUGUCAUUCAACAUAGUUGGUAACCUUAUGCUCUCGAGAGACGUUGUGGAUUCACAGUGUAAAGAAGGGUAUGAAUUUUUUCAAGCUAUGGGAAUGGUUUCAGUGUGGGCUGGGAAGCCAAAUUUAGCAGAUUUUUUUCCAUUCUUGAAAUGGUUAGAUCCACAAGGACUAAAGAGAAACAUGACGAGAGAUAUGGGACGAGCUUUGGAGAUUGUUGAAGGGUUUGUGAAAGAAAGGAUUGAGGAAUACAAAUUUGGGGAUAAGGAGAAAGCUAGUAAGGACUUCUUAGACACUUUGUUGGAAUUUGAAGGUGAUGGCAAAGAUUGGCAUGAGAAGAUCCCAUAUGAAAGGCUCAUCAUACUCGUAUUGGAAAUGUUUUUUGCUGGGUCAGAGACUACGAGUACAGUAAUAGAAUGGGCCAUGGCAGAGUUACUUCGUCAACCUGAAGCCAUGAGAAAGGUUAAAGAAGAACUCAUUGAAGUUGUUGGAGAAAACAGAAAUGUUGAAGAGAGUGACAUAGAGAAACUACCAUAUUUGCAAGUUGUCGUGAAGGAAACACUUAGAUUACAUCCCCCACUUCCUUUGCUCCUUCCAAGAAACACAAUACAAGACACAAAGUUCGUUGGGUACGAUGUACCUAAAGAUACUCAAGUUUUAGUGAAUGCAUGGGCAAUAGGAAGAGAUCCAGAUUCUUGGGAAGAUCCCUUGAGCUUCAAGCCUGAGAGGUUUUUAGGUUUAAACAUUGACUACAAGGGGCAAAAUUUUGAGCUAAUUCCAUUUGGAUCAGGAAGGAGGAUUUGUGUAGGUAUGUUAUUUGCUCAAAGAGUAAUUCUCCUUGGUCUAGCAUCUUUAAUUCACUGUUUUAAUUGGGAACUUGACAAAGAUUCAACCCAUGAGACCUUAGAUAUGAGAGAAAAGGUUGGGAUAUCUGUUCGAAAACUUAUACCUUUGAAUGUGAUACCCAAGAGAUGUUCGAGAGGGAUGGCUGGGUAAAGAAUAUAACAUCUAGCUAGACACUAUAUGAUCGUACGUGUGAUGUAUGGUAUGGACUAAAAUAACUACGAUCAGCUUUGAGUUUAAUAUCUUGUCACUCAAAUCAUAUAUAUUAUUGUAGAAUUUUCAAGUUAGGAUUA